GUUUUAAUGUCAAUCAGUCAAACUCCAUGUCCCAGAUUGUUUGUUUCUCGCAGUUCGAUUUUCACAGGAAUUAUGAGUCACUCCAUUGUUAUUAAAUGUGAAUAGUUUAUUUCAAACACUGUAACGUGUAGUACAAUGUCGUUUCAAAUACUUACGGUCUAGGUGUCUGUGUAACGUUGUGAAAAAUGGCAGAAGUUUAUGCUCAUUAGAACAUUGUAUUUCAAAUAAACAUUUUAAGGAGUUCGCUAUCUUUUAAUGUGAAAUAGUACAAUACGGUUAUAAUGUGGUCCGUUUGGGUAUUGCUGUGGAAGCACAGCCUUAUGAGAAAACGGAGAUAUAUUAGAACAUUUUUCGACUACUUCUCUCCGUUAUUAUAUUUUGUGCUCAUACACCUAACUACUGGUCCAAGCUUACUCGGAAGACAUGAGAAUGUUCAUUAUACGGAGCCAUUUAGUCUGGAGAAGGCUGGACAGCACCGAGUAAGAGUGCUGUUCACACCGGACACGGAACACACCAACAGACUCAUGGAUGAGGUUGGCGCUAAACUCAAACUUAAACGGCUGGAUCAUCUACCGGGAAGCAAAGAGUAUGGCUUCUUCCCGUUCUCAAAUGCGUCGGCUCUAUCAAUAUUGGAAUACUCGAAGGAUAUGAGCCAAGAGGACGCAAUCAUCAUAUUUGAGAAUAUGGAGUCGGAAAUGUGGCCGAAUAAACUGAACUACACCAUUCGGAUGAAGAACAAUUACAGGACCAACCAGUACGAACCCGAGGACCCGUUUGAUAUGGGCCACCAUGAGUACUUUGGUAUUCAGUACGAGGAGUUCAUGCGCCUGCAGUGGGCCAUAGACACCAGCUAUUUGCAUCUUCUGACCGGCGCCAAUAUAGACCAGAACCUAGAACUCCAAGAAUUUCCGUUUGCGGCCGCUCACUUCAACACCAACGUGGUGGCCGUAAGCCAGCUAUCGGCAUUCUUGCUGCCGUUCGCGCUCACGCUCACUUUUGUGUUCCUCACGGGAAGGCUUUUCGAGGAGAAAAACAGCGGGAUGCACUCUGAUUACAACACCAACGUGGUGGCCGUGAGCCAGCUAUCGGCAUUCUUGUUGUCGUUCGCGCUCACGCUCACAUUCGUGUUCCUCACGGGAAGGCUUUUCGAGGAGAAAAACAGCGGGAUGCACGAACUGGUGAAAAUGGUAGGCGUGUCCUGGGAAGAGCUAGGCGUCUCCCACGUCCUAGACCUGGUACCCCAUCUCCUUCUCUACGCGGUGGGCGGCGCCUUAUUCUACAAGAUUGAUGACCUCAUUCCCGUUACGUGCGGGUUCUAUAUAGCACUAGCGAUGGCGCUGCAUUUCUUGACUGUGGUGGCGCUGGCGUUCGUCACAGUUUACGUAUUUGAUAUGACUCAAUACCUGGAACUGAUCACCAUGUCAGUGUACACCGCAUUCCUAGUCGCCAGCAUGCUGACCCAAAAGCUCAAGAGUCGCGCCUUGUCUCUCCUGUGCUGUUUACUACCACAUGACCCUUUCAUCCGAUUUUGGAGGGCACUCGGUUCUAGAGAAAUGUUCGGUGGCGGAAUAUCGAUCACAAACAUGUGGACGCGGAACGCAGCCGAACAGACCGCCGUCGCCGAACUGUAUCUGUUUAUGGUGCUGCAGAUAAUCCUGCUGUCUAUGAUCGCCUGGUACCUCUCCAGAGUGCGGCCGGGGAAGUACGGGCAAGCGUUACCCUGGAACUUUCCAUUUUGUAAGGAUUAUUGGUACAUGCAGCCAAAAGUAGAGGCCGCGCCGGAAGAAACCCAGUUCGACCCAUGUGAGGCCGACCCGCGCUACUUCGAGAAGGCCCCCGCUGGCCUCCCGGUUGGCAUACAGGUCAACGAUGUCUACAAGUCGUUCGGCAAGGACCCGGCAUUGAGUGGCGUGGAUUUAACCGUGUAUCGCGGCGAGAUCACAGUGCUGCUCGGCCAUAACGGCGCCGGCAAGACCACACUCAUCAACAUCAUCACCGGUCUGAUAUCCGCGUCGUCCGGCCGCGUACUAGUGGAAGGCAAGGACACAGUCAAGCAAGCAAAAGAAGUCCGCAAGCUGAUCGGCCUCUGCCCCCAAGAGAACAUCUUCUUCCCACAUCUUACGGUGCUGGAGCACGCCAUGUUUUUUGCUAUGCUCAAAGGCAAAUCGUACACCCAAGCCCACACCUCAGCCACGGACCUAUUCUCCAAACUCCAACUAUCGACCAAGGCCAACGCGUUAACAUGCGCGUUGUCGGGUGGUAUGAAGCGGCGCGCGCAGCUGGCCUGCGCCGUGUCUGGCGGCGCUCAGGUGCUGGUCCUGGACGAGCCCACUAGUGGGCUGGACGUUGAGACUCGUCGCGAGCUGUGGGACUUAUUACUGAGUCUCCGCGGCGAACGAACGGUACUACUAACCACACAUUUCAUGGAAGAAGCGGACGCCCUUGGCGACCGCAUCGCCGCACUGCACCACGGCCGAGUCCGCUGCCACGCCACAUCCAUGUUCCUCAAGCGAGCCAUCGGAACCGGCUACCGUCUCUCCUUCACAACAAUCGGCGCCCCCAAAGAGGCUGCCAUCACGUCGGCCAUCACCACCAUCGUGCCCACCGCGACCAUCCGCGACCGUCGCCCGAACGGCGUGUCCUACAACCUGCCCGCUAAAGAUACGGCGCGUUUUCCUGAACUCUUUGCGUCGCUGGAAGACGCGCGAUCGAAAUUGCAGAUAGAUACUAUAGGAGUCGGGAAAAGCACGCUUGACGAAUCGAAAAACGGCUGCAUCACCUCCGUCGUGCCCACCGCGACCAUCCGCGACCGUCGCCCGAACGGCGUGUCCUACAACCUGCCCGCUAAAGAUACGGCGCGUUUUCCUGAACUCUUUGCGUCGCUGGAAGACGCGCGAUCGAAAUUGCAGAUAGAUACUAUAGGAGUCGGGAAAAGCACGCUUGACGAAGUGUUUUUAGAACUGUGCAGCGAUGACAAACCGGCAUACACGGAGGAACCAGGCAACACCACAACAGAGCCAGUUCACGGGACAGUGAAGGGCCCGAUGUUGUACGCUCGCCAGUUCGCUGUGUUACUGUUGAGACAGUGGCGCUACAUCACAUCUCAUCUGCUUUCUUUCUUGGGCAUCAUAGUAUUCGUGACAUUACUCCUCUGGGCGUUCACGGCCGUGGCCAACAACCACCCGUUCGGCAUGCAACAGACGGAAAAGCCGGACGCCGACGUGCCAAUGAGUCUGGAGCUGUACUCUGCGCGAGCGCAGCGCCGCGUGCUGGUGAACGUGGAUAAGGACACGCUCGACACUCUGCGGGUGGGCUUCAAGGGGGUGCAGUUUGAGGAGGUGCAAGAUGUCGUUGAUGCUAUAAUUCAGAUUGGCAAAGAAGACAUCGCGGCGUAUAACAAGUACCUUGUGGGAAUCGAGAUCAACGACACAAAUAUUAAGGCUCUGUACACGACCACAGUCCGCCACGCCGCCCCCGUGGCCCUCAACCUGCUCAGCAACGCGCUCAGCACUCGCCUUGUAGCCGGCGCCGACGCACACGCCAUUACCACGCGUAACCAUCCGUUGCGGGGCGCCUUCGUGCCUUUCCAGGAUAAAAUCAAGCUGCCCAAGCAGAAUGAACAGAAGUUUAUAUGGACCUGUAACAUCGCUAUGGUGGUUCUGUUCUACCUGUGCACGUUCUCGAAGCUGCCGUGCGCGGAGCGGCUGGCGGGCGCGCGGCACGCGCACGUGGUGGCGGGCGCGCCGCGCGCGCUGCACUGGGCCGCCACGCUGCUGGCGCAGCUGCUGCAGGCGCUAGUAGCGUGCGUGCUGCCCGUGUGCGUGCUGGCGGCGGCCGUGGACAAGGACGGCACGUUCGACCAGCCCGGCUUCAUAUGGGCGCUCUGCGUGCUUCUAGUGCUAGGCAUACUGGCAUUCCUUGGUCUGGUGUACUUGGCCAGCACGCUGCUCAGCUACACGGCCACCUCUACAGUCCUCGUCGUCAUCGCCUUCCUAUUCAGUCAAAUAACCCCCAACAUCCCAGAAUCCACGAGCUUCUGGUACAAACUCCUGUCCGUCCCGUACGCGCUGGUCGCGCCGCACACGCUCACGGCGGGCCUGGCGCUAGUGGCGACCGUCGCGCAAACCAACGCCUACUGCAACCUGAACCGGGACCGCUGCCCGGCGUUGGCCGGCCCUGACUACUUUGAAACGGCCAAGUGUUGUGGUAGUCAUCAAAUAACCCCCAACAUCCCUGAAUCCACAAGCUUCUGGUACAAACUCCUGUCCGUCCCGUACGCGCUGGUCGCGCCACACACGCUCACGGCGGGCCUGGCGCUAGUGGCGACCGCCGCGCAAACCAACGCCUACUGCAACCUGAACAGGGACCGCUGCCCGGCGUUGGCCGGCCCUGACUACUUUGAAACGGCCAAGUGUUGUGAUUCCCCUCCUGGUUCGGAGCCGUGGAGUUACUUCGCGAUGGAAGACGCCGCCGGCUGGCCGAUGCUCAUCCUCGCCUUACAAGCUGGCGCAUAUUUUGUCCUAACGCUGCUAUCGGACAGCGGGUUCCUGGAACGCGUGUUCGCUCGUGUGAGCGCGCGCGGCGCGAGGCCGCCGCGCCGCCUCGCGGACCCCAUGGCGCGCGCGGAGACCGCCUACGUCGAGAAAGCUAUACAACUGCCUAAACAACAAAUCACGGACGCUAUCUUGUGCCACAACGUACAGAAGUUGUACCCGGGCUGCUGUAAACGGAAGCCUUUCUUUGCUGUCAAGGGCGUCAGUUUCUCCGUCAAAAAAGGUGAAUGUUUCGGCCUACUGGGAGUGAACGGCGCGGGCAAAACUACGACGUUCAAAAUGCUGACGGGGCUGACCAGCCCCACUGGGGGACAAAUAUUCGCCAACGGACACUACGCCACGGACCGGAACGCGUACAUGCGUACGUUCAGUUACUGCCCCCAGUUCGCCGGUCUGGACGACUUCUUAACCGGUCGCCAGAACCUUUCUCUGCUGCUGACGCUACGUGGCCUGCAAGACGAGGAUGUUUCCACCGUCUCCAACUCUUGGAUCGAGGAAGUCGAUCUGUCACGGCACGCAGACAAACGCGUGUCAUCAUACAGCGGCGGCUGCGCGCGACGUCUAGCCGCAGCCGCGGCGCUAUGCCAGGCAGUUCGCACUGCCUUACUAGACGAACCCACCGCCGGAGUGGACCCGCUGGCUAGACGACGGAUGCACCAGGCCCUGCUCCGGGCCAGGAGACACCACGAGCUCAUUAUCGCCUCCCACAGCCUGGACGAGAUGGAGGCGCUGUGCCACCGCAUCGCCAUCAUGUCGGGCGGCGAGCUGCGCGCGCUGGGCUCGGCGGCCGCGCUCAAGGCGGAGCACGCGCAGGGGUACUCCGUCGUCUUCAAGCUCACCCACGCGCAGGACGUGACGGACGGAGUCUCCAAGCUGGAUGAAUUCAAGGGCGAGCUGAACACGCGCUUCUCAUGCGAGCUGCAGGACCAGCACCAGAGUAUGCUGAGCUAUCACGUAAAGGACUCUCUCCGCUACAGCGAGCUGUUCUCACAACUAGAGCACCUUCGAGAACAGUUCCCUUCUAUAGUGGAAGACUACACGGUUACAGAGACCACGCUCGAAGAAGUUUUCCUCGCUCUGGCUAAGGAGGCGCGCGCUGAGACCGUAUAGAUGGCACUACUAAUGUAUUCAACUGUGUAAGGUUAGACUUUUGCUAUAAUUGUUGCAAGGAGCUUUCCUUUAUAUGGACACAGUUACAAAAGUGGCGAUUGAGCCCCGCUUUGCGGAAUCCUAGGUAUAAAGCUCCGAAAAGUUUUGAAAUAGAGGUUAAGUACUGGAGAACGCAAUGUGGAACAGUGAGCUGUUCUCCCAGCUAGAGAAUCUUCGAGAACAGUUCCCUUCUAUAGUGGAAGACUACACGGUUACGGAAACUACGCUCGAAGAAGUUUUCCUCUCCCUGGCUAAGGAGGCACGCGCUGCGACCGUAUAGAUGGCACUACUAUAUUCAACUGUGUAAGGUUAGACUUUUGCUAUAAUUGUAAGGAGGAGCCUAGCUUUGCAGGUCCUUUAUAUGGAUACAGUUUAACAAAAGUAGUGUCGAUUGUGCCCCGCUUUGCGGGAUCCUUUAUAUAAAGCUCCGAAAAGUUUUGGAAUGGAAGACGCAAUCAUUGUGCAAUGUGGAUAACACUUAACCCAGCACUUCAAAAAACUGUCACAUCUUCAAUGUCCCAGGGGUUUUUAUAUUUCCUAAACUUUGUAUGAAAUCGGAAAACGCAAUAUCGCGUCCGUCGUUCUCAAGGGGUUAAGACUGGAUACCUCACUCAAGUAAACAUUCCUUCAUGCCUUCAUUUUGAGUGCGAGUCUGUUUUAGCACGGACCUUGGACCGUGUGUUAUCCUGAUCAUUAAUCAUUAUCAUUUAUUUAUUGCACUUCUUAGAAUAUAUUAAAUAAAUUAGAACUUCCGUAUGUGGGUAUCCGCUAGCUAGCGCGGUUGCAAGGAGCGGGUGAUCGGGUUAACGAGACAUAGUUUGAGCAACUCUAACCGUCGCGGACGCGUGCGAUACGAAUUUUAUAGUCUGUCGAUUCGUAGCAGGCCCCGAACUUGUCAUUCUAUGUCUAUUAACUAAAACCGCACGUGCUACUUACCUGAAAAAAAGGGUCUUAAUUAUUCUAAAUGACACCCGAGCGCGGGCUAGUCCAACGCUCAAAAAACCAGUGUAGGUGCGCUCUCCGAUAACGCGCCUUUGUUACGCAUCUGAAUGACACAUUUUAGACUGGUUCGACUCGUCAGCACUCAGUAACCGUAGAGAAUUACACGACCCUUUUUUACAGGUAGCGGCACGUGCGGUUUUACUUAACAAUACACAAAGGAUUAGCGGGUCGGGGCCGGCUACAAAUCGACAGACUAUGCCUAUGCGUGCAUCCGAUUUGUGCACCUGCGCCAGCUAACGGACGCCCUGAACCGUAUACUACAUACUCUCUCCACAUACAGACGGACAUAUUACUAGUCUGUUUUUUUAAAUAUGAAGUACCAUAUAAUAAAUUUAAUAAUCUCCAAAUAUAGAGAUUGUAACUGAGAUUGAUUGUACACCGAACCUAUUGAUUGAAAUAAACAGAUUAAAGAUUUUUGUUUUUUAAAGAAAAUUGCAUGGAACGCCCAUUUUUUUAUUGCUACGUAAAUUAUACCAUCAUACGACCAUGACGAUUUUUAGUAAUAAUUUUAAACUCAGUAAAUAAAAAAGCGAAUAAUUUAUUAUAAGUGUCUUAGUGUGUAGUUGGCUUGGGUGUAUCGUAAGCAACAUGCAUAUGUAUAAUAUUAUACAGAAAAUAAAAUAGACCUACGUGACCUACGUAAUGCUAUAAACAAUAGUCUCACAGUCUAAAUUAAAGACAAUAUCCAAAAAAAAAGAGCGUAUGUGGGGCACCCGGGCGGAAAACGUCCGUCUGGGCGUCCCAGAUACCGCUGGAGUGACGAAGCCCAAAAAGACCUGUCCGCCCUCGGAAUACCCAACUGGCGUGAAGUGGCGCAGAAUAGGGCAGAAUGGCGCUCUCUUGUGUCAGAGGCCAAGAUCCUCUUUGGGUCACUGAGCCAGUGAUGUAUGUAUGUAUCCAAAAAAAACGGAUGUUUUACUGAUAGGUGUAAACAGGUGCUAUCAGUAAUAAUAGAACUUGUCAUAAAGGUUGUCACUAGUCUAUGUAUUUUGUAAGAACUAAAUAACGAAAAUGUGGCCUUGUUACUUCCGACCGAUUUUUGAAAUGCCUAGCAGCAUUUUUUUCUACAACUAGUAACCCUAACAUAACUUCUUUCUAGCAAAGGAUAAAAACAAGGUUUAAUAUAUACCGGUUAAUACCACAUAGUUAACAGAUCGGGUAAGAGGUAGGGUCGCUAAGGCAAAAUUGUAACUUCAUGACAAGCCGAUUUCCUUGCCUUGCCCCGAAGGACAGACAGUAACAAAUUUGACUACCCAUAAUAAAUAGAAGACCAUAGUAGAAAAACUUUAGUUUAAUUCGCUUUCUUUACUUUCCAAAAGGACCCUAGUAUAGUUUAAGAUGGCCCUGCAUGGCCCGUGGUAAGUACCACCAGAGAUAUAUAUAACUCCGUAUAAGAUAAAUAAAGUCUAAGAAAAAAACGUGCCUCGGACGGCCAAGGAAAAGUCAUUCUCGAAUAGAUGGCGCCAUUACCUUUGGCCUAUUCUCGGCUAGAUGGCGUUAACGACACCGUUGGUAUUUAACAAUUUUAACACAUAUCAGUGAAAGAACAUGGGUCAGUAGGAAACAAUAAAAAUUAAAAAUCAUUUAUCCGUAAACAUAUUUUGAUUAUUUUAUACAUUUUCAAUUUUAUUUUAAGUUUUAAUCAUGUGUCGAUAGAUGGCAGUAAAUGUACCGUGACUAUAAAAUUGACAAUGACAGGACCCCUCUAUACUAUCUAUUCUUUUUGGUACCACGUAUGAGCCAUUCGCGGCUCGCUCUUGAUAUGUGAAUUUUUGCGUGUCGCACGUGAACACAAAGAAAUAAUAGUUUAUAAGUUUUGUUCUACAAUGUUCUCAUACUUAUUAGUUUAAUAUUUACUUACUUACUUAUGCCAGAAUUAUAUUUUCUUACAUUUCAUGUUUUGAAUAAAAGAAAUCGGCGUGUUAUGAAAUCACGGUUUUGUUUUAGCGACCCCAGUUGACUCUGCCUCUCUCUGCCUAUCUUUCAGUUCCAUAGUAUUAACCAGUAAAGUAUGCCGGUGUAUUUUGGUAUGGGUCCGACGAUUUACUACACCUUAAGCUUAAGGCGAAAUAAUAAUUAUGGUACCAACAACGUUUUAGGUUCUAAAUUUAGAAUAUUGUAUUGUAGUAUCCUAAAGUUAUUUUUUCCUUGUUUAGUUAAGGCUUAAUAUUUUAUUUAGCACCAUGUAAUCUCAAUGUUAUUUGCACUUAGAUUAGGGUCAGGCUGAUAUUCCACCUGUCAAAUGUGUAUUUUGUCUCGAAUUAGGCUUCAUGGAAGAGAGAGACGCAAUGACAUUGGACCAAGAUAUUGGACAGACGGAAUACCACCCUUAAAUAUAUGGGCAUUAUAGGUUCCCAAGGGUAGACCAUAAAGUAUUGAAGCAGCAGAAUAAUUGAAGUAUAACUUAUGGGAUGAAUUGUACUGACCUUACCAUUGAACUAUUAUUACUAACGUAUAGAACCGACACAGAGAAGCUGUAUUUUGCGCCAUGGCGACAACAACUCAUGAGUUGCUGUUGUUUUGACAACAAACCAUAGAAGCGGAGCGUGAAUCUCGCGACCUAAACGCGCGUAAGCGCCGUGAAUUAUUAGACGCUUUGGUCGCGUGGUACAAGUUGCAAUUGCGACAAUUUCAUUGUUUGGUAUGGCUUCUCUAUAGUAAUAAUAACCUCGUGCCGCCCACCAUACAAAAUUAUAGCCAAGGAAAUUACAAUCUUUUUGUAUUUUCAAUUGGGUUGAAUUUCAUUUGUUCGAAAAAUUUACGAGACAAAUGAAAUGCUGCCUAAUCUGUUUUUCAUUAAGGUUGAUUCCACCGAAACUGAUUGUACAUCCUAAUGUACAUUGGGCGGCACGAGGAUAACUCAAUGGAUUUUUAUAGAGACUUCUUAAAUGCUUGACUGUUGUACAUUCCCGUAUAUAUUUAAUUAGGCUUUCUAUAUAUGUAGUAUUUUGUAUAGGUAGUAAGAUAUGAUUAAAUAAAAUAUAACCACAGAUACCGGGAUUGCUUGGUUUGAAAACUAAGUAAAAAUAAAUCCUAAAAUUGCAAAUAAUAGGCAAGAAUAGUAUUUGGCUAGGCUAUGUUACAAAUGGAUUAAAAAUAUAUUAGUAUUAUAUUUAUAAGCAAUAUAGGCAGGUCCUAAGAAGUGCUCAAGGUAGCUCUCUACAUAGCAGCUUAAAACUAAUAUAAUCCCGCAUAAGGCUGCAUACCAAAAUAGUAUAAUAUACAUAAUUAAUGUGUAAAGCAGGUCUUUGACGGUCAAAGGGCUAUGCUUAAGAAGAGAAGGAACCCUAAAAAAAUUAUAUAAACGAUUAAUUUUGUAGGCUUUCGUUAUAUUUUAAUUAAUAUUACUAUUUUUUUCCAAAGGUAUAGAAAUAUAAAAGGCUUGUAGGUUUAUAAUAUAAGGAAUGGAAUAUGAUAUUGAUCAUAUAUGUGUAUAUUUGAAAUACGUGUGUAAUUUAAUUUCAUUCAUUUAUUCCUACAUUUAUUUAUAAUCACAUUUAUUUUAAGCCUUAUAAGAACUAGGGAAUGUAAACCGGUAAUAAUUGUGUAGACCGUGGAACCGGUAAAUUGCCAAUUGUUCUCAUUUUAAAUAUGUAUUUUGUACCGAUUGCAUUCCUUAAUUAGAACCCUUUCAUCAGAACCAAUUUUGGAUUUAUUUAGAUGGAUGUGAAGGGGCUCUUACAUGGUGGAUCCAGAUAUGGAAAAUGCACCGACGGCGCGCCACUCGCGAACCAUUUUGCCAAAAGAUCGCUAUUGCUCACAUGCAUUUCAUUGUACCAAAGACAGUUAAUUACAUUAUGUAGUCAAUACAUUUACUGCCAUCUUUCGACAUAAAUGAAAUGAUCAACACUUUUAGAACUCCAUUUGAUUUUUAUCCUUAUUGAAAUAUACUUAUAUCAGUGAAAACUGAUAAAAGUAUCGCCAUCUACGACACGCUACAUCUACUACAAGGAUCAAAGUCAAAUGGCGUUCUAAAAAUGUUAAUCAUUUGUGCCGAAAGAUGGCAGUAAAUGUACUGACUACAUAAUUUACUUUGACAAUAUUCCACUAGUCUAAAUUCUCUUUUUUGUUGUGUCAACUAGAUACUUAUUUCCGUGAAAUGUCAAAACACUCCAAUACAAUAGUAUUGCAAAUUUUUGAAAAGUGCCCCUGUGGCCUAUUAGCUGAAUAUAUGUUUGAUGUUUGUCAUGCAGCUAAUGAUCCAAAGACCCUUUUAGCUCUUUUUUUUUUAGGGCUCGCCUCAUCUCUUGACGCCUAAAAGGCUAAAAGCCUAUUUAACUAAUUAAAGCUUUUAGCCUUUUAGGCGUCAAGAGAUGAGGCGAGCCCUAAAAACCGGGCAAGUGCGAGUCUGACUCGCGCACGAAGGGUUCCGUACCAUAAUGCAAAAAUAAAAAACAAAAAAAAGCAAAAAGAAAACGGUCACCCAUCCAAGUACUGACCCCUCCCGACGUUGCUUAACUUUGGUCAAAAAUCACGUUUGUUGUAUGGGAUCCCCAUUUAAAUCUUUAUUUUAUUCUGUUUUUAAUAUUUGUUGUUAUAGCGGCAACAGAAAUACAUCAUCUGUGAAAAUUUCAACUGUCUAGCUAUCACGGUUCGUGAGAUACAGCCUGGUGACAGACGGACGGACGGACGGACGGACGGACGGACAGCGAAGUCUUAGUAAUAGGGUCCCGUUUUACCCUUUGGGUACGGAACCCUAAAAAAGAGCUAAAAGACUCGAGUCUUCUGGACCACUGCUUGCAGCGCGUAUGCAGUUACAGUUCGCAAGAGGUUCGCUAAUGGUGCGAUAGCGGCGCAUUUGCUAGAUGUGGACGCACCCAUUAUUUAUGUACUUACGUUAGCACGAUAUUACAAUAUGUAAAAAGACUGCAUGUAUACACUGUAACUAUUUUGAUUUUUUGAAUAAACACCUAUUGUUGUACUCUAA